GAAUUUUGUAACCGCUCACCAACAGACUUGGUCCAGGUACGGCCUUGUUUGCUUUUGUGACUUCUUGGUUCCGAACCAUCAACUUCUACCCUCUGUUAUCCUCCCUCGCCGUUCUUCCCCUUCCUCCCUCCGUACCACGAUGCCUCCUCGACGUUCUACUCGAGCUGCCUCAACCAAACCAGCGUCGAAACCAGCUCCGGUGGCUGCUAAGCCUGCGCCACGAUCUCGCACAAAAAAACGGCCUGCCUCUCCUGAGCGCGCAGCCUCACCUCCUGCCAAGAAGCGAAGCAAAAGUGAAGAGCAAAAUAUAGAUCCCUCUGCUGAGAGCAAAGCUACAAAACCCCGUACUGCUAAAAAACCUAGAAUCAAGGUGGCAGCUUCCGCUGAAGGAGUCCAGACAAAGUCUUAUCUCAAUCCUCUUCCUACGCCGCCGGAAGUCAAGCGACCCGGUCUACAACUUUUUGCAUGGGGUGCUGGCAACUUUGGACAGUUCGGCAUGGGCCCUGACGUGCUCGGGGAAUUGGAUAAGCCACGUAAACAUCCAUGGGCUGAGAAGCAAAUGCAAGAGGGUGCAUUCGGGUCUGAAGCCGCAGGGCUUGAAGCUGUGGCAGCAGGUGGCAUGCACAGUCUCUUCAUCGACGAAAGUGGCAGGAUAUGGUCUUGCGGUCUCAAUGACGAUGCCGCCCUUGGGCGAGUCACGCAGGAAGUGCCUGAUCCAGAGAAUCCCGGGUCAUUUAUCGAUAUCGACACUUUGACGAGUAUUCCGCAUCCCCUACAGUCCCUUGUAGACGAAAAAUACCGGGCGGUUCAGGUCGCUACUGGUGACAGUAUAUGUGCUGCCGUCAGUGCAGAGGGAGAUCUACGGGUUUGGGGUUCAUUUCGGGUCAACGAGGGUUCUCUUGGAUUUUCCAAUGGACUAAGACAUCAGUUCUUGCCGGUACCGAUAUCGAUGAAUCUGAUCCAUAAAGUGGGCGAUAUUGAAAAGGUUUCGUCAAUAGCAGCAGGCGGCAAUCAUCUGGUGGUGCUGACCACUCAUGGCAACAUUUACACAUGGGGCGCUGGCGAGCAAGCUCAGCUCGGUAGAAAGGUGCUCGAACGCCGCAAGAUUCACGGCACCGUCCCAGAGAAGGUGACUCUGGCAACCCGAGGUCGGAAAGGCAAAGUUAUUGGUGCUGGCGUCUAUCAUUCCUUUGCUGUGGAUGAUAACGGUGACGUCUGGGGCUGGGGUUUGAACACGAUGGGUCAAUUAGGCACUGGCUACGACAGCGAGGCUGAUUCUCAAGUUCAACUCCCCAAGAAAGUCCAUAAUUUGAGUCCUGCCGACCUGGGAGGUGACAAGGUCGUUCAGAUCGUUGGAGGAGAGCACCAUACGUUGUUCUUGACAUCUGCAGGAAAGGUAUACGCUUGCGGUCGGUGCAAUGCCGGACAGCUUGGGUUGCCAGAAGAGACGCUCAAAGAUGCUGAGCACAAGGACUUUGUACCGGAACCCGUGCAAGUACCCUUCCCUGAUGAUGAUGAUCCAGUUGUCUACAUCUCUGCUGGCGUGCACAACAACAUGGCAGUCACGAAGGAUGGUGCGUUAUACUGCUGGGGACAGGGCACGCAGGGCGAGCUUGGUGUUGCAGAUGUUGAAGUCCGAACGCCGCGGAUGAUCGUUCGUCGAGAAGGUGGCUCAUGGGCAGCCGAGAAGGUGGCUUGUGGAGGCCAACAUACGCUUGGUUUAUUCAGAAAAAAAUAAACUACUCGGACAUCGUGUUAAUUCUUAUCUACAUCCAGUACACUGCCGUUACUCCUGCAAACGUACGCAUUGUAUUUAUUAUUUUAUUAUCGUCACUAUAGGUUCCUGAAUCCAAAAUAUUUACUGAACCAUUGACACCUUGAGUUAGUUUGAGUGGACUGCUGACCGGGUCUAUUUCUUUCCCGCGCCACAAACGCGUCGUGCCGGGAUCUCGUG